AUGACCUAUCAUUGUUACGGGUUAAGCCUGGAAUUCAAUUCAGCCGAUGGGUUAGACCGAUUUGUUUACCAGGACCAGAGACAGCUGGUCCUAAUUGGCGAGCUGGACCUGAUCCAGCUGAUCACCUACGCGAAGUUGAAGUGCCAAUUUGGAGUCAUUGUAAGCAUCAAGAAGAUGAAUCUGGUAGAGAGAUUUGUGCUGGGCUUGAAGAAGGAGGAAAAGAUGCAUGCCAAG